GGGAGCGGGCGCGGCGUCAAGUGCAGCUCGGACUCACGGACCUGGCCCAUUUACAUUUCAUUCGCAGCUUUUGAAAUUCAGUUUCAAGUGUGAUCCUCCUAGCUCACCCUCCCUUGUAACUCAGACUACAGUUUCUUCCAUCUGCAUCCAGUUGUCCUCAGCAUGGAGGAGCAGAACAACUCUGCUGGGAAGGAGCUUCAACACAGGACACGAGCAGAAGUUCCAGGAAAGAAAAUCUGGCACUCACAGGCCUACACCCUUGGGGCCAUUUCCAACUUUAUGUCUACUUUUCUGACCUUUCCUAUCUAUAAGGUUGUGUUCCGGCAGCAGAUCCAUGCUAUGGCAGUGUCAGAGGCUGUGAGACAGCUUUGGCAUGAAGGCCCUCAGUACUUCUACCGGGGCAUCUACCCCCCUCUUCUCUCCAAGACCCUGCAAGGGACUCUGUUGUUUGGUACUUACGAUAGUCUGCUGUGCUUUCUCUCCCCUGUGGGACCACACUCCCUCGGACAGCGCUGGACUGCAGGGCUCAUGUCUGGUGUGGUAGAAGCUGUGGCACUCAGCCCCUUUGAAAGGGUACAAAAUGUGCUUCAGGAUGCUCGCAAGCAAGCUUGCUUCCCUAGCACCUCCAGCAUUCUCAAGGAAUUCAAUUCAUAUGGGCUUUGGGGGCGGCUGUCACUGGGCUAUUAUCGUGGUUUCUGGCCGGUCCUUGUCAGAAACAGCCUCGGAAGUGCUCUCUAUUUCUCCUUCAAGGAUCCUAUCCAGGAUGUGUUGACAAGGCAAGGCCUGCCCCAUUGGGUUCCUGCUUUGGUGUCUGGUAGUGUCAAUGGAACGAUCACCUGCCUGGUUCUGUAUCCUCUGAUUGUGCUGGUUGCCAAUAUGCAGUCUCAUAUUGGCUGGCAGAGAAUGCCAAGCCUGUGGGCCUCUGCACAAGAUGUGUGGGACACUCGAGGUCGAAAGAUACUCCUGAUUUAUAGAGGAGGAUCACUGAUCAUUCUCAGGUCCAGUGUGACCUGGGGGCUUACUACUGCUAUUCAUGACUUCUUGCAGAGAAAGGCUCACACCAAGAAAGAGAUGAAAGACUGACUAAAUGAAGUGUGACCAUGGCAUCUUUGUUCUAAGUCUUCACUCACUGGCUGUGUAUAGUAUAUUUCUUUGGCUCGGUUCCCUAAUACAACCGUUACUUAGUAUCUAUAAUCUGUUGCUGCAUGGGAGAAGCUCCUAACUUUUCACCUGUUAGUCACAGACAAAGCCUAGCAGAUUCCUUUAGUCAAAGAAGGAACAGCUCCCUAGUCUAUACUCAGCUUCAGUAGCCUCAGAACCUGGAGCCUUUAAAUAAGCUGUAGCCCAGAUUAAAUAUAAUUCCUUUAAGGAUUUUUUUUUUUUUUUUUUUUUUUUUUUUUAGUAAGCGGAUAUUUUUAAAGAAGACCCUACUUGGGUACUGUGAGUCUGAGAUCUUUCUACAUGUCCUUCUGACCAAACCAAGUGGAACUCCAAUUUCAAUGAACUUGUAGUAGACUUGGAGGAAAACUUGAGAGAUGCCUAUAUUUUCCUGACAUUGCUCACUGCCUCUACCACAGCCACUCUUACUUCAAGCCAUGGGUUCCACUUUCGGGGUACCUGCUCUGAUUACAAACCCUAGAUUAGGUUCACGUCAACCAUCUGGUACCACAGGAACUGAUGAUGAUGAUGGAGAUGGGAAUGAGGAGAUUUGGUGCCUGGAUAGAACGAAUAAAGGCUUUGAAGUAAGAGAUUAAAUUAAUUUAAUCACAUGCCAAAUAGAGAAAAAUAUUAUUGUAGAUGGUUUGUUGUUAUCUGUUAGAACUAUUUUUUUAUAGAUAGUAAAGUGAUUAUGUUGCCUGCAAACCAUUUAAGUUUCCAUAAGAAAUCAGGAACUAACAUGACCAUAUCUCUUCACAAUUAACUGCUAAUUUUGUUGAUGUGGACAACUAUAUAGUAACCACAGCAUAAUGAUCUUAGCCUGUCAUUCAGAGCCAUUGCCAAUAUGGACCCCAUAUAACUUUCUGCAUAUUGUGGACUGCAUAGGCUAGCCAAAUGCAGUGCUUUUCUCUCCCCAGACAUUCCAAGAUCUCACCCAUGGCCAUACUCUGGCCCACACUGUCUCUCUACAGGAACUGCCCUCCCCACACACUAAAAGGCCUCCAAUUUCCAAAAGUCCAGCUCCAUUGCUACUGUCUGUACGGAGCCCCUUCUCUAUAUUCCCCCACCUGAAUGUGACAUAAGUUUUGUGAUACCCCUUCCAGCAGUUCAUCAACAUGCACUGAUUCCAUUAUGUCACUGAUCCCAUGUGGCCCCAUGUUCCUGCUGUUCUUCAAUACCUCCUACUAGACUGUAAACUUCUUGAAAGCAGGGAUUCUUGUAUGCAUUUUUAAAUCCUCCAUUGUGCCUCGGUGCUCAAUAAAGUUGGUGAAUUAUUGCAUUGAUUAUCAAGCUGUGAUAUGGUCUAUAUCCUCAGGGUGCUAUCCCUAUUACAUGAAGAUAAUGUUACUGACUCAUUGUCAACAAGACACAUGCCUUUGGGAUGUGUUUGUUUUCUUUUAAUAGUGGAUUUAGUUUUGUGCUAAUGAUGAUGCCAAUGAUAACAGUAACAAUAAUAAUAAAAUUAUGUUCAACCAGAA